UUUUUCUUUUUUUGCAUCUGGUUUCAGGGUCAAAAUUUAUUAUUCAUUAGGGAAAAAAAGAUUGAAUCUCUAAAAAGCUUGCAAUUUUUAAAUUUCGAUAACUUUUAGCUGUAACAUUGUAGAGCUAAAACAUCCUUAAACGUUUAUCACGUAAAUAAUCUAUUUAAAUUAUCAGCAGGAAGAUACCGGCUUGAAGUUGUCAUAUUCAGGGUACGGUCAAGAUAAUGUUACAAAUGUUUUGAAGCAUUUCUUGAUUGGUCAAUUUGUAAAUUCUUUGUUCCGAUUGGUUAAUCGAAUGCUUCGAAGCAUUUGUAGUGUCUGAUUGAUCGCAGCCUCAAUUUUUUGUUUUUGCAACACUGCUAACCUGCCAUACUCAACGAGGCACAGUAGAACCGAAUGAAUCGGGCUCUCUUGCGAUAAACCGAUAUCGAAAAAAAAAAAACACAUCAAAAAAGGAAAGCAGUAUGCAGGACGACAAAGCUCGACCGGCCACGCAAAGCGGUAGCGGUAGCGGUGGCAAGUUCAUCGAUACGCUUAUCGCACAAUGGAUGAACCGAACGGGAAGCAAUAUUUCAUUGCAGCAAACGGAAGAGGUAGCCGAAAGCUCGAGGACGCAAGUUGACAAGCAGCAAGUCAUGCAGAGUCAGGAACGUAUGAUCCAAAAUCUGAAACGGAAACUGCGGGAGUACCAGCAGAGGGAGGAAUCCUUGUCCACCUCCUUGGAGACGGAGGUGCGCAACAAGGAAGAAUUCCAGACGAAACUGAAUGCCACUUGGGAGUACAUCGACAAUAUCACGGAGUAUUUCAAUUACAUCCAAGAGAGUCUUGCCAGUUUUGAGCAGCACCGCGUUAAUUUGUCCAACAUGUACGAUAAUGUGAUUCUGAAGCAGCAGGAAGCUAUCCAAAAGCUGCAGCUGAACGACACGAAGUCGAAAGAAAUGGAGAAUUAUGUCACGGAAUUGAAAAAUAAGUCGCUCCUUCAAGAGAAAAGAUUACAAGAGGCGAUGGCGAAGCAGAAUAAACUACAGAAGCAAUUAGAAAACUCCGAGAACGAAUUGCAGUUACAGAGAAAUGAAUUGAUGAGCACGAACGCUGAAGAAAAGCUGACGAUUGUCAAAGAACAGCAACGGAUGUUAUUGGAAUGCGAAAAUUUACAAUCGCGACUGCAGACGGUCGAGAAAGAGAAAAGUGACAUCGCGAAAUCGGCCGCACAAUUAGAAAACAAAUUGCUCCUUCAAGAAGAGAAAAUUCAAGAGGCACUUGCGGAACAAAAUAAAUUUAAAAUACAAGCGGAGACCGCUAAACGUGAACUUUAUUCGCAGAAAAAUGAAAUGGCGAACGAGCACGCCGAAGAAAAGAAAAUGCUUGUCGAGGAGUUACGACAACUGCAAUUAAAAUCGGAAACUUUGCAAUCACGAUUGAACGCGUUAGAGCAAGACAACAGCGAUAUUAUGGAAACGGUCGUGAAAAAAGAUGCGCUUAUUUCGAAAUUUCAGAAUGAAAUCUUGAUAUGCAAAAAUCAAAUUGAUACGAUAACAGCGAAGUAUAACGAGACGCGUAAUAAGAACGAAACAUUAACGGAGAAGCAAAAUAUGCAGGAGAAAGAAUUGCUUGCAAAAACGGAAAGAAUUCACAGUUUAGAAACGACGUUGAGCAUAAAGAAGCAAAAGGAAGCAAGUCUCGUCAGUGACGUAAACAGAAUAGAGAAAAACUUAACUAGCGAAAUGGAUUAUUCCAAGAAUCUCGAAAGUAAGCUUUCAGACGUACAGAAGGACUUGCAGCUCGCACAAAAACGAAACGCUGAGAUGCAAAUUACAGUAGAAAAAACUAAGAGCACCUAUGAGUCUGCCAAUAACGAGCUUCAGCAGCAGUUACAGGCUCUCCAAAAGGAAAAGGAGGAAAUUAUAAAACGAGAAAGCACAAGGAUUAAGAAUGCAGAUAUUGUGUAUGACAAUGUGCGGGUCAAACAUAUCCAAGAAAUGUCGGCUUUAAAGGACAAUUACGAAAAACAAUUGGUCGAGAUGAAAAAGACUAUAGAGAACCUAAACAAGACGAUCAGUGGUAGCAAGAAGGAAAAUGGCGCGCUGAACAAGUCCUUGACGGAAAUGAGAACUGAGAACGUUAGGUUAAAGAAUGAUUACGAUUUCAUUAUAGAACGUAAUAAGAAUCUUCAGGGGAAGUUGAAAGAAGCCACGGAAAUGACGCAGAUGAAAUCGAUGGACGAUCGAAAGCUCAGGAAGGAACCUAGGAAGACUUCACAAAAUAUUUCCACAUCCGUGGAUUUAUACAAUAGCGAUGAAGAAAAGCCAUCGUCGCAAACACCCGAGGAUUCUUUUGCAUCUUCGAUGAAGAGCCUGAGUCAAAAAGAGCAAGAAGCGGAAGUUACGUCAGUGGGAAAGAAGUUUUUUAAGCGUCCUCUCCUCCCGCGUACUUACAGACGAUAAAAUUGAAGAAAUUUAUAGAGAGAUCAUUGUUUCGGAUGGGACACCUCUGGACCAGAAAAAUAGAGAGAUUCUUUUUUUGUUCCAUUAUUAUUAUGUAGUAUUCUCUUCGCGUUUCCAUUCAAAAUUAAUUAAAAAUACACUUGUAGAAUAUAUAAGAUUUUCAUCAAAAAGUUAUAAACGCGAGUUAGAAGCUGUGUUGUAUUCGAUGUAAAUCUAUGAUUAAUAUUGGACAAGGAGGUAGAUUG